CAUCCGCUUUUCGUUUCACUCUAUGUCAUGCUGCUGGACUGACCUUAAAACUGUGCGCUGGUUUUUGAUGCACUGAUGAAGAAUCUUAUUUUUUAUGGCAUUCCGAUUAUUGAUUUGUGAGCCGUGUUAGCGCAAGUCAUUUACGUUUUAAAAAAACUCACCUGGAAGCCGAUUAUACUUCGCCAUGGCCACACUGGUUUUACAGGGACUCAGGUGUCCGAUGUACAAGCCAUUCAUUCUGCAUAAGUUUCAUUCCAGCCGCAGUUUCUGCUACAAAACCUGUUCACACCUGAUCAAGAAAGGAACUUGCACUCCGCUGAAUGUAGCCUUCACAUGCAGAAGGAUGGCAUUUCCCAAUGUGAGGACACUGUCUUCUGUCCCUCCACCUCCUUCAUCCAGAGGCAACAAAUCUACAGAGAAGAAGAUUGGUCCAGUCACAUGGAAAUCUCUCGCUGCCACCUUUGCCUUGGGUGGAACUCUUCUUCUGGGCAUGAAAUACUUUAAAAAAGAGAAAGAAGAAAAGUUUGAAAGAGAGAGAACAAAGUCUUUGGGAAAACCAUCUCUUGGAGGCCCAUUCUCUCUUAUCGAUCACAACAGCAAACCUACAAAAAGUGAAGACUACCUCGGCCAGUGGGUGCUGAUCUAUUUUGGAUUCACACACUGUCCAGAUAUCUGUCCUGAUGAGCUGGAGAAAAUGAUUGAAGUCGUAGACGAAAUUGACAGGAUAAAAACACUCCCAAAUUUAACACCGAUUCUGAUCACGAUUGAUCCAGAAAGAGAUACGCCUGAGGCCUUGACAGCGUAUGUCAAAGAGUUUUCCCUGAAGCUGAUAGGCAUGACAGGAACCAAGGCACAAAUCGAGCAGGUGUCCAGAGCAUACAGAGUGUAUUACAGUCAGGGACCAAAAGACGAAGACAACGACUACAUUGUGGAUCAUACCAUCAUUAUGUACCUGGUGGGUCCUGAUGGAAAGUUUGUGGACUAUUACGGCCAGAACAAGAAAUCAGCCGAGAUCUCCUCUUCCAUUGCAUCACACAUGAGGAAGCACAAACACGGCAAGCAGUGAAAGAUGGAAAUCACCAGAGACAUUAACUUCUGUAUAGAAUAUUGCUUUUCAUUUCUCCAAAUGAAUGGGUCUUAAGUAAAAGACAUUCUCUGUUUUUUUAUUAUUUUUUUUUAUUUUAUUUUACCGGAGCUGUAAAGGUACACUGAAACACCUUUAUAUUUAUAAAGAUUUGGACUUGGUGUGAACUAAUGGCUGCAAUCUGUUAAUGAUCUCCAAAACUAGAAACCAAGCAGAAUACAAGCAGUUAUAUUUAAUUUGCAGCAUAUUUUGAAUCCUGCAUUUCUUGUGCCCAGAUUUUGCUUAAGUUGUUCUCCGAGUUAUUUGCAUCAGACAGGAACAGGUUUUCUUGUCCUAAUCUGCUGGGAAGGUGACAUUUCUCUCCAGGAAGUCUCCUGCUGAUCUAGGAUCAGACUGCUUCUUAGCAGAACCGAAAAAAAGAGACUGCUAUCACCAAAUCUUUAUUUGAUGUUGUUUAGGUCCAUGGAGGAAUAGCAAUCAACUGUACUAUGAUGUAGUGCCAAGGUUGGUUACAGCUCUUCCUGCUCACCAACAAUAGAACAAAUGUCCUGGUUGUUUUUUAGGCAUAGACCACAGAAUUUGAAGCAACUGAAUUAUUAGGAGGAGUAUGUUUAAUAAAAAGGACACCUCUGGUAGACUCACUUGA